CAACGAAAACAAACAUUGUAUAUACAACCUUUUAUUCUCAGUUUCUAACCAACUCAGAUACCACCAAAUGUUAUGUCUAAACAACACUCAAUCCAAUCAUUCCUUAUUUCUUUAUUUUCCCCACCAUUUUACUCAGUCAAUGCUCGAAUCUUCACGACCGUUACAUCAACUCCCUUUCUUCAUUCUCAUCUCCCGCAAAACAUGUUCUCCGUUUCGUGUUUCGGCCUCUUGAUCCUCAGCUCUGUCUUCGUGUCGGUCCAUUCGGAGUGUAGCCGAGGCUGUGGCCUUGCUCUAGGCUCCUACUACGUGUGGCCUGAAUCAAAUUUGACAAUUAUUUCUGAUUUUACGAAUAUUAGGAUCGAAGAGAUUGUUAGUUACAAUAAGCAACUGAUUCCGAAUCAGAACAGUGUUCAGUCCGAUAUUCGGAUCAAUAUACCUUUUCCUUGUGAUUGUAUUAAUGGCGAAUUCUUAGGCCAUGUUUUUAAGUAUAGUCUUAGGAGUGGAGAUACUUAUGAUAGGAUAGCCAAUUUGUAUUAUUCGAAUUUGACGACUGUGGAGUGGUUGAAGAGGUUUAAUACUUUUGAUCCGAAUAAUAUACCGGAUACUAAUGAGAAGCUUAAUGUGACUGUGAGUUGUUCUUGUGGUAGUGAUGCGGUUUCAAAGGAGUAUGGAUUGUUUGUUACUUUUCCUCUCCGCGUGGGGGAUAGUUUGGUGUCGGUUGCUAAUCAGUCGAAUCUGAAUUUAGAUUUAGGAGCUGGUUCAACUUUGUUGCAGAGUUAUAAUCCUGGUGUUAACUUUAGUGCUGGAAGAGGAAUCGUUUAUGUUCCGGGAAGAGAUAAAACUGGGCGCUUUCCACCCAUAAAAAACAGCACAGGAAUCUCAAGUGGAGGCAUAGCUGGCAUAUCUGUAGCAGCAAUAGCAGGGUUGCUGCUGUUUGCAGGCUGCUUCUAUGUUGUAUAUUACAGAAAAAGACGGGUCGCGAAGAUUGAACUCUCACCAGCAGCUGAAGAUCAGUCUAUUCAAGGUAGCUCUCAUUCUUCAUGGUUUAUCCUUGCUAAAAAUGCAGAUUCCACUGUUGCAGCUUCUCCCCGUCUUACAGGCAUAACAGUGGACAAAUCUGUCGAAUUUUCUUAUGAAGAGUUGGCAAAGGCUACUAAUGAUUUCAAUAUUUCUUUUAAGAUUGGACAAGGUGGUUUCGGUGCUGUUUACUAUGCGGAGCUCAGGGGCGAGAAAGCUGCAAUCAAGAAAAUGGAUAUGCAAGCAUCACGAGAGUUUCUUGCUGAAUUGAAGGUUUUAACGCAUGUUCAUCAUCUGAACCUGGUUCGGUUGAUUGGCUAUUGUGUCGAGGGUUCUCUUUUCCUAGUAUAUGAAUACAUUGAAAAUGGCAACUUAAGUGAACAUCUGAGGGGCUCAGGAGACAGACCACCAUUAUCAUGGCCUGUUAGGGUACAAAUUGCUCUGGAUUCAGCUAGAGGUCUUGAAUAUAUUCACGAACAUACUGUUCCAGUAUAUAUUCACCGGGAUAUCAAAUCAGCAAACAUUUUGAUAGACAAGAACUUCCAUGGAAAGGUAGCAGAUUUUGGUUUAACAAAACUAACGGAAGUAGGAAGUACAUCGAUGCCCACAAGGCUUGUUGGCACAUUUGGAUACAUGCCACCAGAAUAUGCCCAAUAUGGUGAUGUGUCUCCUAAAGUUGAUGUUUAUGCUUUCGGGGUUGUCCUUUAUGAACUUAUAUCAGCCAAGGAUGCUAUUGUAAAAGCAAAUGGUUCGAUGACCGAGUCAAAAGGACUUGUUGCAUUGUUUGAGGAAGUUCUUAACCAGCCAACUCCAAAAGACGACCUUACUAAACUGGUUGACCCUAGGCUUGGUGAUAGUUACCUAGUAGACUCGGUCAGGAAGAUGGCUCAGCUUGCUAAAGCCUGCACACAAGAGAAUCCUCAACUACGACCAAGCAUGCGAUCAAUAGUUGUUGCACUAAUGACUCUGUCAUCGUCAACAGAAGAUUGGGAUAUUGGUUCCUUUUAUGAAAACCAUGCCCUUGUCAAUCUGAUGUCUGGAAGGUAGCAUUGCGUUUUGGUAGCCUGCUAAUAAAAGCUGCCAAAGUUAAGAUGCUCAGCUCCAGGAUUUUUUAUUUUUUAUUUUGCUUGCAUAUUAAUUGUAAAUGAGUUUUAUAUGCAUAUAUAAAGUUAUUUGUUGAAGAUUAAGGUUAAGAAAUGUAAUAAACUAGGAUUUUUGUAUGGAUUAUUUUGUUGCUUUUUUAUAAUUAUUUUGUGACA